AUGUCUGCCUCUCUCCCAGGCAAUCGAGAAUUGCCCGCUUCUCAGUAUGAUCUCAGUACAUACUGGGGACGGAACAUUGUUGGUCAACAAGCGCCGGAUUUGAGCAUGCGAAAAGUCUCAUUUCGAGGGAGAUUCCAUGAAAUGACUCCGGAGUUAUGGAAUGCGAAAAAGAUUGUCGAUUCAACAUUACAUCCAGAUACUGGCACUCCAGUUUUCCUUCCAUUUCGAAUGUCAUGCUUCGUUUUAUCGAACUUGGUAGUCACAGCAGGAAUGCUUACACCAGGAUUGGGAACGACAGGAACAUUGUUAUGGCAAAUUACAAAUCAAUCUCUUAAUGUGGCUAUCAACAAUGCCAAUGCCAACAAAUCCACACCUCUCUCGACCUCAAAAAUUGCACAAUCUUACUUUCUCGCAGUUGGAGCUUCUUGCUCAGUUGCACUUGGUCUCAAUGCUCUUGUUCCAAGAUUAAAGAAAGUCAGCCCAGGCACCAAGAUGAUUCUUGGAAGAUUGGUACCAUUCGCUGCCGUUGCAAGUGCUGGAGCAUUGAAUGUUUUCUUGAUGCGAGGAGAAGAAAUUAGAAAAGGCAUUGAUGUCUAUCCAGUUCUCUCAGAAUCGGAUAAGGUAAAGCUUGCAGCAGAGGGCAAAUCUGAGUCCGAGGUUGCUUCAUUGGGCAAGAGCAAGAAAGCAGCCACUAUUGCCGUCUCGGAGACAGCUAUCAGUCGAGUUUUGAACAGUUCUCCAAUUAUGGUUAUUCCAGCUUUAAUUUUGGUGAGAUUACAGAAGAAGCAGUUUCUCAUUAGAAACCCUAGACUCACAUUACCAAUCAAUCUGGGUCUCAUUCUUGGUACUAGUCUGUUCGCCUUACCUCUAGCUCUAGCGGCCUUCCCUCAACGCCAAAGCGUAGAUGCAUCAACGUUAGAGGAGGAAUUCUGGGGCAAGGGCGGAGAGGGUGGAAAGGUGGUUUUCAACAGAGGAAUAUGAAGACAUCAUUGAAUGACUUGAAUUUUAUAUUUCCAAGACACAAUUCGGCCUUAUUCAACCACUAUUUUCAAAGGUCCAUCAUGCGGCUCGAGUUCUAUUUUAACCCCACCCACCGAGAGAUCUACUGGCGGGAUAUUGAUUAAAGAAAAUAUAGAGCAUGGCGUUCAUGGCUACACUGCACAGAUUCUGAUACCAUUAGAAGAAAAUACAAAUAACACAUAGAUAGAAAUUCAGCUGAGGCUGUAUACUAAUUUUCGCUUCUCACCCCUUCU